AAUCAGAGACUCGUCUGCGAACUGAGAAGAAAGAAACCAUGUCCCAACAUCUUCUUCUUCUUCUCAUUCUCCUCUCACUUCUUCUUCAUAAUCCCAUUUCCGCCUCUCCAAUUAUUCAAAAAUUCAAAGAAGCCCCACAGUUUUACAAUUCUGCAGAUUGCCCCUCAAUCGAUGACUCCGACGAUGACGUGGCCGCCAAACCAAUCUUCUGCUCCCGUCGAGCCGUCCACGUGGCGAUGACACUAGACGCCGCCUACAUUCGCGGUUCAGUCGCCGCCGUCCUCUCCGUCCUCCAACACUCUUCUUGCCCUGAAAACAUUGUUUUCCACUUCGUCGCCUCUGCUUCCGCCGACGCUUCUUCCUUACGCGCCACCAUCUCCUCCUCUUUCCCUUACCUUGAUUUCACCGUCUACGUCUUCAACGUCUCCUCCGUCUCUCGCCUUAUCUCCUCCUCUAUCCGCUCCGCACUAGACUGUCCUUUAAACUACGCAAGAAGCUACCUCGCCGAUCUCCUCCCUCCAUGCGUCCGCCGCGUCGUCUACCUAGACUCCGAUCUCAUCCUCGUCGACGACAUCGCAAAACUCGCCGCAACAGAUCUCGGCCGUGAUUCAGUCCUCGCCGCGCCGGAAUACUGCAACGCCAAUUUCACUUCCUACUUCACAUCAACCUUCUGGUCAAAUCCGACUCUCUCUUUAACCUUCGCCGAUAGAAAAGCUUGCUACUUCAACACCGGAGUCAUGGUGAUCGAUCUCUCGCGGUGGCGCGAAGGCGCGUACACGUCACGCAUCGAAGAGUGGAUGGCGAUGCAAAAGAGAAUGAGAAUUUACGAGCUUGGUUCGUUACCACCGUUUUUAUUGGUUUUUGCCGGUUUGAUUAAACCGGUUAAUCAUCGAUGGAAUCAGCACGGUUUAGGAGGUGAUAAUUUCAGAGGACUGUGUAGAGAUCUGCAUCCUGGUCCGGUGAGUCUGUUGCAUUGGAGUGGGAAAGGUAAGCCAUGGGCUAGGCUUGACGCUGGUCGGCCUUGUCCUUUAGACGCGCUUUGGGCUCCGUAUGAUCUUCUUCAAACGCCGUUCGCGUUGGAUUCUUGACCAGUCGCGGUUUACUUAUUAUUAUACCGGUACAUAUCAUAUAUACAGGUGAUUUUUUGUUUUUACUGUACAUGGAUUCGUAAAUCAUACUAUAACCAAAGGAAAAAAAAAAACAUUUUGCUUUUGUUUGUUGUUGGUUUCAUCGGUUUUGUUUUGGAGUAUAGCUGAGAAUAAGAAAAAGUAAUCUCAAGU